UUAAGUGAUCUCACAAGCCUACUGGAAAGUAAGCUUAAAAACUGCUUUUGAAGAAAAAGAGUGAGAGAGAGAUGGGUUUCACACUCUCUAUAAACUGAACAUAGUAGGUCAAGGUACUUGUUUAUCCCAUGACGAGUGGCAGUAGAAAUAUAAAAUUUAGUUUCACCACUAAUAAGGAAGUUUGUUUCUUACAAAAUGGGAAGAUCAAAUCAGAACUAAAAGCUGUUUUGUAGAUUCAUUAAGAUUCCUGCACAUCUCUUCAUUUCUUCCACACAUCUGUUCCUCUGAUCAGGAAGUAGUCUUUGCAAUAUUUUUGGUUUCUUCUGCCAAAGGACAUUGCAGGCACAAGAAGGAAGCAAUGCUGGUAAUUUUGCAAUGACCUCCUUCUGUCCCCUUGGCUAUUUGGACCCAUCGUCUAUUUAUGCAGCAUAUUUGUGGGACUGUUUAUUUUUUUUCUAGAGCCCUCAUCAAGUGCUGAAAACAGGAAUAGGGCUCUUCAGAAUAUUUUGUUUUCAUUUCAUCUUAUGGAGUAGUGAGUAAAACUGGCCACUCUCCAGUCUUGGACGCAUGGACAAUCAAGUCUUGUAUCAGGAUGAAUGCUACAUUUAUAGGUCCUUUUAAAAAAAAGAAAGAAAGAAACCUACGGUUUAAAAGUAAGAACGCAAGAGAUGCCAGGGAGGCGUUCUCAUCCACGGAGCCUUCUGCAAGGACGAGGCAAACCUUUCAUGCCAGCCAUGGACCAGCUCCUGGGAUAUUCAUUCUGUCUCCUACUGAUCCUGAUGCCUUUAAGCACCAUGGGGCAGUCUGUUCAAAUCCACACACCUUCCCAUGAGAGGUAUAAACGCCAGGGAAAAGCCCCAAAGACAGAGCUCACUAUUUCUAGCUUCUUGGUGCACUCAAUGAUUGUGUCCCGCUAUGCCUCCACCCGGGUAUGGAUGUUCCUGAGCAACCCACACACGGAGGCAAAGGAAGCUGUCUUUGAUCUGGACCUGCCCAGUUCAGCUUUUGUCUCAAACUUUACCAUAACUGUGAAUGAGAAGGUCUACGUGGCUGAAGUAAAGGAGAAGCACCAGGCCAAGAAGAUGUAUGAUGAAGCCCGCAGGCAAGGCAAGACAGCCGCUCACGUUGGCACCAAGGACCGAGAAACGGAGAAGUUCAGGGUGUCCACCAGCGUGGAGGCAGGAGGCAAGGUGGCAUUUGAGUUGACCUAUGAAGAGCUGCUGCAGCGGCACUUGGGCAAAUACCAGCAUGCCAUCAGCAUCCGGCCCCAGCAGGUGGUCAGGAACCUCAGCGUGGAGGUGAGCAUCUCCGAGCGCACAGGCAUUGACUACAUCCACGUGUUGCCUCUCCGCACGAGCCGGCUGCUGACCAACGCCCUCCGAGGUGAUGCUGAUGUUCCACCAUCCACUCGGGUGGAGAAAGGGACCCACUGUGCAUGGAUUAUCUUCACCCCAACACUCAAAGAACAGGCAGAGUUCUCCAGCUCAGGAAUCAUGGGUGAUUUCGUGGUGCAGUAUGAUGUGGCCAUGCCAGAUGUUGCAGGCGACGUACAGAUCUACAAUGGCUAUUUUGUCCACUACUUUGCCCCAAGGGGACUGCCCCCUAUUCAGAAGGAUGUGGUUUUUGUUAUUGAUGUCAGUGGCUCCAUGUAUGGCAUCAAGAUGAAACAGACCAAGAAAGCCAUGCACGUCAUACUAAGCGACCUCCACCAAGAUGACUACUUCAACAUUGUCACUUUCUCUGACACAGUGAACAUCUGGAAACCCAGCCAAUCCAUCCAAGCCACCCCUCAGAAUAUCCGGAAGGCGAAGGAGUACGUCAGCAAGAUGGAAGUCGAUGGAUGGACUGACAUCAAUGCAGCUCUGCUCGCAGCCGCUUCGGUCUUCAACCAGAGCUCCCCCAUGGCAGGAAAAGCCAUUAUGGAACAGAGAAUCCCACUUAUCAUCUUCCUGACGGACGGGGAGCCCACCUCAGGUGUGACAGCUGGCAGCCGCAUCCUGACCAAUGCUCAACAGGCUCUGAAGGGUACCAUCUCUCUCUUUGGCCUGGCCUUUGGUGAUGAUGCAGACUAUGGGCUGUUGAGGCGUCUCUCUCUAGAGAAUCGAGGUGUGGCCCGGCGUAUUUAUGAGGAUGCCGACGCCACUUUGCAGCUCAAGGGUUUCUAUGAUGAGAUUGCCAGCCCUCUGCUGUAUGAUGUGGAGUUGGCCUACCUGGAUGGGGUUGCUCAAGACCUUACCCAGAACUUCUUCCCCAACUACUUCCAGGGAUCUGAGCUUGUUGUGGCUGGGCGUGUGAAGCCAGGGGUAUCAGAGCUGCGGGUACACCCCACAGGCCAUGGCCAAGAGGGACCACUUAGCCUGGAAAAUGACAUCUCAGCCAACACCACUGAAGCAACUCCCUUUGGCUGCUCUGGGGAUGUUGCCCAGAUCAGCCGUUUUGUGCAGAGGCUCUGGGCCUACUUCACUAUUCAGGACCUGCUGCAGGCUCGUUUCCGAGCCAAUGACACAGCAGCUCGGCGCCUGCUGACUGAAAAGGCCACCAACCUUUCACUCAAGUACAACUUUGUCACCCCUGUCACUUCCCUGAUAGUGGUGAGACCUGAAGAGGACCAAGAAAAGGAGAGGAAGCCUGUGAGGGCUACCAUCCCUCCUGGGGUAACCAGAGCUCUUAAGACCACACCACCAGCGGCAACAUCUGCUUUGCCAUGGCUCUCUAAAGUGGCUAAAACGACUCCCCCGAUGGGAGCUACCAGUGCCUCCGUGGUCACAAAAAUGUCCAAGGGCAUGGUGAGGCCAGGAGCUGUGACCACUUCCCUGCUCCCCAGAACAGCAUCUGGAAGCACCAAAGCAGUCAGAAUCACAUCUCCUCUGGCUGUUACCAUGACAACUGUCAUGAGCACUAUCCACACUUCCCCAGUCCUUCCUGGCCCCAACCGCACCAAAGCAGUCAAAGUAACACCAAUCCCAGGAUCUAUCGGCAUGUCUCUGACUCCUGUUGUAACCCGCGGUUCUACUAAGACACCCAAAGCCACAACACCCCCCCGGGUAACCAGGCCACCCAUCAAACCUUCCAAACCCAGCCCCAUCAGAGCUGGGAAUCUCAAGGUCACUGUCCAGCCUCCCUCUGCUCUGGAGACGAGGGGAACGGCCAUGACCAAGGUCCUUGGAGGGAUCAUCAGCACGGUGCUCCCUGCACUUACAACAGGGCACCCAUCUGGCACUGCCAAAGUCCUUGGAGGUAACUCCAGCACCUGGGAGCAACUUGGGACAACCCCACAGCCAGCUACCGAGCACUCACCACACACCAACUGGCUUGCAGGUCCCACCAGGCUGGAGACGGGGCACAUCCCCUGGAGUAAGAUGGCUCCCAAGGGUGGGGCACUCCUGGAGGUGCCCAGUGCCAAGCCCCCCUUGCAGAAUAGCACGGUCCCUUGGGGCACAGCACCUGGCACUACACCUCUGGGGGCAGAGCUAGGGGGCACCAGCAGCAGCAUGCCAAGCACCAAAGCUGCCUCGGACAUCAGCCUCCUCCUUUUGCCUGGAGAAUCCGAAUUACGCUCUGCUGCUGACCUGGACAUGGAAUAUGUCGAGUCAUUGAAUCCACCUGCAGUGUAUAGUUUUGUUACAGCCGGGAGGCACCAAGAUAGUCUGGAUUAUGAAGACCAUCCAGACUUCCUAGAAGAACUGGGCAGUGACUCAGACCAACUGGUAGGUUCCUCCAACACAGGCCUCUUCACGUUUUCCUCCUGGGUGGAUGGAGACCCUCACUUUGUAGUAAGUUUGCCACAAUCACUGGGGAACCUCUGCUUCACCCUGGAUGGACGCUCAGGAGAUAUCCUGCGCUUGGUGAGCGACCCAACCACAGGGUUGUCAGUCAAUGGGCACCUCAUGGGUGCCCCUUCAAGGCCAGGCCACGAGGAGCGUCCCCGCACCUACUUUGAUGCCAUCACCCUGGUAGUGGAACGUCCACAGGCCCGCUACGUGGUCGACGUGACGCGCGAGAGGGUGGCGUUGCGUGGGGAGGAUGUGCUGGUGCUCCCUUUCACCCAGCGGGCUGUGAUCCACAAGCCCCAGCUGGCCAUUUCUCUGUGGCCCGAGGCCAAUGUAACCGUGUGGAUUGGUCCCGAAGUGGAGUUCCUGGUUCUGUUGCAUCGCUACAGCCACCCCACCGCCCUGCAGCGGAAUCAUCUCGGCUUUUACGUGGUGAACAGCAAGGGGCUGUCUGCUUCAGCACAUGGCUUGUUAGGUCAGUUCCCGGGUGGUGACAUCAGGCUUUCCACAGAGCUGGCUGAGGGGCAGCAAAUCACCUGGCUGUGGAGGGGCAUGCAGAAGGUGCUGGUCACGGAGGUCACCAAGGUACUGAAGGCUUCACCCCAGAGGGCACACAAGGCAGCAUGUUGGCUGGUGAAGCACAAGGAUGUGGAGGCACUGCUGGGGGCUCCCUACAGUGCCUAUCUGGCUUCCCACCUGCUGGAAAUGUGAGCUGGCUGCCCCUUCCCUUGCUCAGGAUGAUGACCCCAAACUGUUGGCCCAGGAGGCACCUGAGCUCCAGCACUGGCCCAUUGCCCCCAGCUCUGCCUUAUGUUCUGGGGAUGAGGAACAACAGGAAGGAGUCCAUGAUCUCCAAGACCUUUGCCAUGUACUCGAGGGGUGGACAGACAUUUUUAACCUCUUCCAUCACAUUUAACAUGAAUUAUCCCCUACCAUUUUUGUUGAUUUAACACAUAAUGGGUGCCAAGCUGUUAAAUUUCACAGGGGAGAAUGGGGCGGGGUGGCUGCUCUAAGAUGAAGUAGGCCUUGUCCUUGUUUGUUCAGACUUUGCCCUCCCUGGCAGCAUUAAGGCUAUGCGGUUUCUGCCCUUUCCAUGUGAGCUUCAGCAACAAAACAAAAACCCAACUAGGCUGAAGAUAGGCAGAGAUGUCUUAUAUUGCUUUUAAAUGCAGAGUGGAAAUGGGGGUUGAUUUAAGGCGGGGCCUUCCUCCAUAACGACAUCUGUGACUUAAUGAAUGAAGACGCUUGCAACUGCAGAACAUUGCCCUAAGAUUCAAAACCAGUGUUUCCCAAACUUCUGGUAGCCGAGUCAUGCCUCCCCCCCCCCCCUGAAUUAAAACAUCUCACUCUCGGGGAAGGUUGGAUGUCACGGUGCCUCAGAGUUACUCCUCUGCCAAAGAUCCUACCCCAUGUGUCUUAAUUUGAGUCACUGUUCUAAGCAGAAGGACACAAACCUGGCCAGAGCAACAACUCCUACAGCUACACAACAGGCAGUCUCUUCUGAGAGCAGGUAAUUCUGCAGUCUUCCUCAUCAGGUGUGAAGAGAUGACUUAAUCAUGCCCUAUGCAGACACACUCAGUGCAGGAUGGAGCCCUUCUAUCCGUACAAUCCGGUUGCCCAUUGAUUUUUUUUGGAAUGUUGUCAGGCUCUGCUAGUGUAGUAAAAUCAUGAUCCACACCUUGGAGACUAAAAAGCAUGGGGUAAAAAGCACACUUGUAUGCCUUGAUUUAGUGCAUCUAAAUAAUAAUUAAGGAGUGCCUUAAUAAUGGCACGCCUCACUGCUGAGCCCCCAACAGUCUGUAUGGCAUAUCAGAUACAUGGAGGGCUCAUUGUCAGAGGCUGCCCUGGCCAGAGAGCCAUAGGUAGUGCAACGCCUUACCUAAUAGGGAGGAGACUUCCUUAAAAAGGAAAAACGCACCACUUCAUCUAUAUUUUGCACGAACAGACCCAUACAGAAGCAGAUGUUUCAAGGUGGCCAUUGCUUGUAUGGCAGCAGAACUUGGAAAAUUAUGCCAUGAUUUAAGUAGAAUUAACUCUGGUCCCUACAAAGGGAUGUAUUUUUGAGUGGACCACCAGAAAUCUAAUCAGCAUGAUAGUUCACCACAAAGCUCUAAAAGCCCAGCUGAGAGGAGACAGGCAAGUCUACCCUAUCUAGUCGUGCUGGUGUCACAUGGGCCUCUUGCCUACAGUGGAAGGCCUGCUGUCUCCCAACAAUGCAAUUGUGUCAUGCAUCCCCUUUCAAUAUAUUGUGGUGCUCUGCGGUAAGGCUAUCUCCAAAUACUGCAACAGAGGGCUUCUUCCACAGGAAAAACCUGAGUCCCAGUUGUGCUCAAGAUCUGUUGUCCUACAGCAGUGACAAGGCAAGGUUCUUUUUCUCUUUGUUUGUAUUUUGCAAUGCAUACAAUAAAAUGUAAAUUGCUGUGAAAAGCAUAGCUCAAGAGCUGCAGCUGAAACCAAGCAGGUAACUGUGUUUGCUACAGGAUGUGGCCAGCCUUUUCUAUGGUUCCUUGUGCAAUUAGCUUUCUCACGGUUAAUUCUCUGCAUCUAAAAUCAGCAGAGGUGGUGGCUGAGUUUGAACCCAUAACAUCUGCUUGCCCUUUGAGGGCCAACUUGGACUACCCCAAGAGGUGAGUGUGCAAAAGGAACUUGUGGCAAGAACUGAGCCCAUAACAUGAGGAGAAUCAAGGUGGGAUAAUUCGGAGAUAGCAAAAGAGCUGUGGUCUAGAGGUUUGGACCUGGCCAAGUUGGUGAAUGGGGACACAAUCAGCCCCAUGGGGGAGGAAGAGAUGCCAGAGUUCAGAGGACUACAUUAAGUAAAGGGGAUGCACAGCCUCCCACUUCUUGACAGCAGCAAUGGCUUCUCAUAGAACCACAUGCGCUUGGGUAGAGAGUGUGACGUUGGCCACUCCAGUGGUUUUCAAAAGUGGUCUACCUUGAGGGGCUCCUUUUCUCAUACACUUGACUGUUGAAGUACACGUGUACUGAAGUACUGCUUGUUGAAGUACCCGUGUUUGUGACACCCUUGUGCUACUCAGAGGGAUUCCAGGGCAUGCACACAUUUUACAACAUGACCAGUCACGUUGGGCCUUACAGCUGCCCUGAGUGAACACCUAGCCGAGAAUACACCACACAUUGCAGGUGAAGACUUUAAAGGACUCUUCCCAUCAUUUAAAGAAACCCUGUGGUUCUGAGUGAAAAAGGCUGUGUUCUAAAUCACAUGACUGAGACCUGCAUAAAAGGUCCUGCAUUUGCAUGACCGCAGACCCCACACAAAGCCCACUUGAGGAAGGCGGCAGAAGAGAACUGGUCCCAAAGAGAAAGAGGGCAGUACCCAGUAGCCCAGCCCCAGGCUCAGCCUAGUCUGCCUCCUGGUGGCCAGGAAUGAAGAGCACCCAGAACCAGGACUACGAGCCAGCAACAAGCACAAAGCACACACAAGAGAUGUGUCCGUUGUGAGGGGUAUGUGUGUUGUUCAUUGCUUGUCCCUUUAAAAUAUACUUUACACAGAAUGGGAAAAGAUCAGGCGGCUGCUGCUGCUGCUUUGUUCAAGGAGAAACAAUGGAUAACGCAGGGAGGUGCCUAUCAUAUUUAAUAAGGGUGUUAGCACCCACCCCUUAUAAAAUAAACUUAAGUAUCCAAAACACA